AUGUCCUCGGACACGUUAAUUCAUUCAUGUUUUCUUUCUUCCUAUCUUUCCCUCGUUCUAUAUUUUCUCUAUUUUAUUUUUGUUUUCAUUCCCUUAUUUUGUCGUACAUUCUUUGAUUCAUCUUGUCGUCUUCUCUCUAUUUUCUUGCUUAUACGAUAUAUUAGUCAGAUUCCAUUUAUUUCUCUCCUUUACUUUUCCUUUCCUCUUUUUCACACGUUUUCUUUUUCUUAUUCCUCCAUCAAAAUUUCUAUCAAACUUUUGCUCCCUCUUCUUUUUUGUUCUUCUACUGUUUUCUUCUUUCAUUAUUCCAUUACUUCUUCUUUUUUCAACUUUAUUUAUUUUUAUCUUCCCUUUCGUCUUUCUUUUUUCUUUUCUUACCUUCUUUCAUUCUUUUCUUACCCACUAUCUUUCUUCGCUUUCACUAUUUCUUUGUUUCUUUUCAUCCCCUCUUUCUUUAUCCCUUUCUUCUCUUAUCCACUUUCUUUCCUUUUUCUUGCUUUUCUUCCCUAUUUUUUCUUUCUUUCUUUUCCUUCCCUCUGUCUUUCUUUCUUUUCUUACGCGCUUUCUUUCUUUCUUUCUUUCUUUCUUUCAUUCUUCCAUCUUCAUUUCUUUCUUUCAUCUCCUCUUUUUUGUUUGUUUUUCUUCCCCUCUUUCUUCCUCCCCAUUCCUUCAUUCUGCCUUAACCAAAUUGCUCAUUUCUUCACUCUCUUUAUUUUAAUUUUUAUUUACAAAUCUUCUUUCCAACGUUCUGUCUUUCUUUUCCGUUUCGUACAUUCCUUCCAAACUGCUUUCUUUCUUUCUUUCUUUCUUUCUUUCUUUCUUUCUUUCUUUCUUUCUAAAUUUCGAGUUGUCUUUUCUUUUAUACCAUCUUUUUCUUUGCUGUUUUCCUCUUCUCCAAACUUAAUGUUGACGAAUGAUCACGUCCGGGCAAACGAUAUCUUCCAGCUUUUCUCUUUCAAAAGCUCGCCACUAACGAUGUACAAAGGGACACUCACUCAGCCAUUUUAUCAAGAUGAAAAUCUGAGAGACAGAACGGCUAUGGUUCUGUCUAUCCAACUGACGCAGAUUGAGGCGGAAAGGAGACAGCUGACAGGUACUCAUUGCCUAUUUCUUCUUUCAAACACGGUAAUGCCAUGGUAA